AUGAGCGGCCUCGCCGAUCCCCCGUCAAGAAACACCGGGAUCUCUGGUGCUACAGAUGCGCCCGGCAAGACACGAAAACUUCCUGUUCUUUCCUCCUCCGUCCCUCCUUCGUCCGCUCCGUCCACGGGCGACCCGAUGGAACUCACUCCACAUGCUUCGGCAGCGACGGGCGCUGGUCCCCCGAUCCACAGCAGCCCCGAUAGUGAUCGAGCAGGCGCAAACACUGCUGCUGCCUCCAAUGGCUCUACUGAGGCUGGGAAUGUGAAUAAUUAUGCCACCCCAAAUCAGGCUAUCGGAGCUGCCGCGGCUGCUCAACAACCUAAGGUUGUGCAAACCGCCUUUAUCCACAAGCUGUACAAUAUGCUAGAGGAUCCCAGCAUCCAACAUCUGAUUUCGUGGUCCAACACCAACGACAGCUUCGUCAUGUCUCCUACAUCCGAAUUCUCAAAAGUUCUUGCACAAUAUUUCAAGCACACCAACAUCUCGUCCUUCGUCCGGCAACUGAACAUGUAUGGAUUCCAUAAAGUGAGCGACGUCUUUCAUACCGGCUCCCCUGACUCUGCCCUAUGGGAAUUCAAACAUGGGAAUGGGAAUUUUAAACGUGGCGACCUCAAUGGACUGCGGGAGAUUAAAAGGCGAGCAUCCCGGCACGCAUUGAUUCAUCGCGACUCGUUUCCUGGUCAUAAGACGGCCGUGUCUCAGCCUGGCACCCCCGCCGAGCCUGUUCCUGAUGCCACCGAGGCGCGACUGAUGAACCUAGAGCAUUCUUUAUAUGACAUGCAUAACCGCCUGAGUCGCGCAGAGGAAGGAAAUGUGGCAUUGAACGCCCGAUACCAGUCCAUGGCGGAAAGUGUAGCCCGAUGCUACCAUUGGACCCAUUCGAUCUCACGCUUCCUGCAGGGAAUGAUACCUGACCGUGACGGAUUGUUAUAUCGGGAUGUGUCGAGCAUGCAAACGGAGUUGGAGAAACAUCUUGAAGCCGUGCGAGCACUCGAACAGCCACCCGACCCGUACCUUGCCGUUCGCCCGUCCUAUAUUCCCACCGUCUCGGUCGAUCCGGGUCCGCCACUCUCCCCGCGCCAAAUGCCCCAGGAAGAUUCCCGCCGGCCUUCGAUGAUGGAUGCGGGCAGGCAUAACAUGAUUCGUCCCCCAGUUCCCCCACACUUGGCUGUUUCCCCCCGUCGCUAUGGCUCGAUCGGUGCAGGAAAUUCUUCGCCAAGCUACAAUAGACCUCCAGUCCCUCCUGCCAUGCCACCUCAGCAGCCGAUGCCUCAUCCUCUUUCAUCCGUGUCCUCCCCACCGGGGCCCAACCUGGCUCGGCGGCAUACCUCUGCGGACAUUCGGCAGCACGGCUGGCCACCACCAGGCGUGUCUCCCUUCCCGUCGACUCACCAGCCUGGGUCAGCUGCGGCACCAUGGUCUCCGUCGCCGCACCGGACCCCAACAUCAAGUGAGCAACAGGUUAGGGAUGUUCUAGCACAGUAUGAGAUGGGUGCACCACGCCGUUUUCAAGAAACAUCGCGCCAUGCCACGCCACCUUUUAAUCCAGACCACAUUGUCUCGACUCCCAAUGCUGAUCAUCAUUGGUCAUUGGGAGGCCCCAGGUUCCUUCGGCACGAGUCGUCCUUACCAGCAACCCGACGUUCCAGUAUGGCUAGCAAUGUCCACUCGUUACUGAAUCCGGCCGAUACCGCGGAAAGACCGGACGAAGACCAACACGCGAUGGCGGAUGACAGGAAACGGAAGCGACUAGAAUAA